GUGAGCAGGUAGCGCAUCGGAUUGUGGUGGUAGGUAGUGCCCGACAGUGGUGGUGCGUCCCUGGUUUGGGAGGAGAGAUCGGGAGAGAGUAUAGAGGAAGGAGGUAGUGGUACUUCGGGGGUGGUGGCGGUGGGUCUGGGGUUUGGGAGGGAGGAGGAAGUGGAGGGGGGGGAGAUUUAACACGCAGAUUGGGGGGUUAGUCGGAGGUGAAGGCUGAUGCUCUAAGGGGAUAAACCAAAGCCUAGGCAAUUCCAAGAUGCGCCAUGUAAACCAAAGACGCAUUCCCAAGAUGCGCUACUUACUGACGUCGCAAGUAUUUUUACAAAACGUUUCAAAAGACAUUGUCCAAUACGUUUCCAAAACGCGGACAGAUCGGCGAAAGCGCAAUCAUUUGUCGACGAUUGAUUUGAGAUCAUCGUUUUGAUAGUGGCAAGCAUAUAUUUUAAAUCGGAUUCCGACUAGAAAGUGUCAGGAUUCGCAGCGGAGACAAUUGAUGGCAGCAGUUGUGGAACCCAAGAAGAUCAUCAUCGACACCGACCCCGGCAUCGAUGAUGCCAUGGCAAUAUUUGUGGCGUUACGGUCACCAGAAGUGGAAGUGAUUGGACUUACAACGAUAUAUGGAAAUGUCUAUACAACACUUGCUACUAGAAAUGCAUUGCAUUUGUUGGAGGUUGCGGGGAGGACUGACAUCCCGGUGGCUGAAGGAUCUCAUGUCACAGUAACUAAAGGUACAAAACUCCGAAUAGCUGAUUUUGUACAUGGUGCUGAUGGACUGGGCAACCAAAACUUCCCCCCGCCACUAGGAAAGCCAGUUGAACAGUCAGCAGCUGCUUUUCUUGUGGAGCAAGCCACCCUUUAUCCUGGAAAAGUCACUGUGGUGGCGCUCGGGCCUCUGACAAAUAUUGCUCUGGCUAUUCAAUUAGAUCCUGCAUUUACUAAGAAUAUUGGGCAGAUUGUUGUUCUUGGCGGUGCUUUUGCAGUAAAUGGAAAUGUGAAUCCAGCUGCGGAGGCCAAUAUUUUUGGAGAUCCAGAUGCUGCAGACAUUGUGUUCACAAGUGGAGCAGAUGUUUUGGCUGUUGGCAUUAAUGUUACCCAUCAGGUUUUUAUGACAGAUGGUGAUCGUGACAGGCUGGCAAACUCAAAUGGAAAAUUUUCCCAGUACCUGUGCAAGAUCUUAGAUGUGUACUUUUCGUAUCAUCGUGAUGCUUACUGCACAAAAGGUGUUUACCUUCAUGAUCCAACAGCCCUUCUUGCAGCUGUUAAUCCUUCCCUGAUCACUUAUACAGAAGGGGUCGUGAGAGUCCAAACAAUUGGCAUCUCAAGGGGCCUCACGUUGUUUUACAACAAACAGAAAAGGUUUGGUGAAGUUACUGAGUGGUCGGAUAAACCCUCAGUCAAGGUGGCUGUCACUGUUGAUGCUCCUACCGUUCUGAAAUUGGUUAUGGAACGGCUUAUGGAUUCAUAGAUUACUAUUUGUGUAGACUGGAUGGUCUGGACCGGAGCUACCCUCUGUCGCGCUUGAUUGUUUCCAAUCUCUGCUUUCAAAGUUGUUACAUUUGGGCACACUUAUGGGGAGUUUCUGCAGAAUUUCAAAUCCAGAAAUAUAUAGUGGUUAUGUAUUAUGUCUUGUUCAUGGAUUCUUUGUUUAGAACUCUGCCAAUAUUCCUGCAUCAAUGAAAUCCUUGCAGUUUCUUCUC